CAGAGCGCGGCAGCCCGGCGGGGUGGGAGGCAGCGGCCGCCGCUUUCGCUUUUUGUUUUAGGGGCGUCCCGCCGAGCUCGGGGCUGCCCCCCCCUUCCUCAGCCCGACAGGAGGACUGGGAAAGAUACCCAAAGCUGUGACUCUAACAGAGCCCUGCGUGUCUUGAAAAGGCCCCAUUGAGUUUGUCCCAUCAGCAAGGUUGUGCAGCGUGAGAACUGCUGUUGCAAAACUACCAGAUUCAGCCUCCUGGGGAGCCUUUCUGGCUAAGCUUGUUGUGGUCAGUUUUCAGUUCUCUCUUGCUCCUGGACCUUGUUCCAAAUUUGAUCUGCUCGAGAGGGAAGCCUGUUAGCAAAGGAGCUUGUCUGGAUGCUGAAUACUUUGUAACUGGUUGUGCCUGAAUGCAUCAGCCUUUGGAUGUGAGCAGCAUCUCUUGAAGCAGUCUUGUGAUAUCCUAGCUGCCUGUUCUCUUGGGAUCUGAACCAUGUCCCAUCCUUCCUGGCUGCCACCCAAGAGUACUAACGAGCCAGUUGGUCACGUUGCUGCAAGGAUGGAGACCACACACACCUUCGGGACUCCCAGCAUCUCGGUGUCCACCCAGCAGACACCAAAGAAGUUUGCUCCUGUUGUUGCCCCCAAGCCAAAGUACAACCCAUACAAGCAACCAGGAGGUGAUGGGGACUUCCUGCCUCCACCCCCACUUCCUGUGGAUGACCUCGGGAACAUCACAUCAACACAAGGUGCCUUCCCCCCUCCACCCCCUCUGGAUGAUGUUAGUUUCAAUGUGCAGGUGAAUCCUGGUGGCAAGACGCUUGAGGAGAGACGGUCCAGUUUAGAUGCAGAAAUCGACUCUCUGACCAGCAUCCUGGCCGACCUAGAGAGCAGCUCUCCUUACAAACCUCGGACUCAACAGGGCUCUGGGACUCCAAGCAGCUCUGCUGCCACCACCCCAUCCGUGUCCACCCCUGUCACUGGCCAUAAGCGGAUGAUCAUUCCCAACCAGCCUCCCCUCACUGCCACCAAGAAGUCCACUGCCAAGGGCCCCGGGCAACAGGCGCCCAUCCCGGUCACUCCUGUCGGCACUCUGAAGCCACAGCCGGUGCCAGCCUCCUACGCCACGGCCUCCACCCCCAGCCGCCCGGCCUUCAACAUCCAAGUGAGGACGGCCCAGCCCAGCCCUCACUACCAACCCCCUGCCCCACAGCCUGGGCACUAUGGCAGCCUUGGGCCCGGGCAGCCCUAUGCUCCCCAGCCCGCCCGCCCGCCCGGAGCCCCACACUAUGGUCCUCCGCAGCCCCAUGGGCCUGAUUAUGGCUACACCCCGCAGCCUGGCCGGCCCUCAGAGCCUGCCUAUGGCUACACCCCUCCACAGGGCCGCUACCAGGACCCCUACUACGGGGGGUACGGGGGGAGGAAUGGCUCCGAAGCGCCCUACGUUCCACAGAGUUCCUGGAAGGCUGAGACAGCGUAUCCUGCUAGUAACACCAUGGGCCAGGCUCACCCUGGGCUCUACCAGCCACCAGGCACUAAGAAGACCUACAUCACCGACCCAGUGCUGGCCCCACAGCCACCCAUGCUGCAGCAAAAGAGUGGAUAUGCAAGCUCUGGACCUCCAUCAAGCACUCCUGCCUUCAGGCCUGAGGAUGAGCUGGAACAUCUGACCAAGAAAAUGCUGUAUGACAUGGAGAAUCCCCCCUCUGAUAACUACUUUGGUCGCUGUGCCCGCUGUGGGGAGAAUGUUGUUGGGGAAGGCACUGGCUGCACAGCCAUGGACCAGAUCUUCCACGUGGCAUGCUUCACCUGCAUGACGUGUAAAAGCAACCUGAGGGGACAGCCUUUCUAUGCAGUGGAGAAGAAAGCCUACUGUGAACCCUGCUAUAUUAACACUCUGGAGCAGUGCAGCGUUUGCACAAAGCCCAUCAUGGAAAGGAUUCUCCGAGCCACUGGGAAGGCCUAUCAUCCCCACUGCUUCACCUGUGUGAUGUGCCAUCGCAGCCUGGAUGGGAUCCCCUUCACCGUGGAUGCUGGUGGGAACAUCCACUGCAUCGAGGAUUUCCAUAAGAAAUUUGCACCAAGAUGUUCGGUGUGUAAGGAGCCCAUCAUGCCAGCCCCAGGACAAGAGGAGACUGUACGCAUUGUUGCCUUGGAUCGUGAUUUUCAUGUCCAGUGCUACCGGUGUGAGGACUGUGGUGGCCUCCUGUCUGAAGGGGACAACCAGGGCUGUUACCCUCUGGAUGGGCACAUCCUUUGCAAGACCUGCAACUCUGCUCGGAUCCAGGCUCUGACUGCCAAGGCCAGCACUGAUCUCUGAGUAUCAACUGUGAUCCUCCCCAGGAUGCCCAUUGGGGGAUAUUGCACAAGCUUUGCGUGAUUUCUUUCCAGUCUAGGGUCUGAAUCUCUCUUUUUUUUUUUCCUUUUUUUUUUUUCUUUUUGGUUGG